AUGGUUGAUGUUCUAAGCCCUUUCACAAUCACAUCGCCUCCUCCACCAUCUCCUUUAUCAAACCAAGACAACACCAUACCCAUGUUAUACUAUAGUCUUGUAGUGAUGGGAGUUGCAGCUAUAGUUUUAGCAAUUUACAACAUCAUCAUCAUCAAACGUCGCAAUAGAAACCACAAUAAUCAAGCACAAUCCACAAGAGAAAAUCUUAGUAAUACGAGGUUUGAAAACCAACAAAGAAACUUGCUUUCAAGCUUCAAGUAUAGGAAGGAAGUGGUUACAAAAGAAGAAGGAGAAAAGGGUUAUGAUGAAUAUGAAUGUUCGGUUUGUUUAUCGGUUUAUGAAGAAGGAGAAGAUGUUAGGAAGCUACCAAGGUGUAAACAUAGUUUUCAUGCGGUUUGUAUAGAUAUGUGGCUUUAUUCUCAUUUUGAUUGUCCAAUUUGUAGAACACCUGUUGGUUCUUUUUGUGAUGGGAUGAAUGAAUCUGGUGGUAGCAUCUCUGUUUGA